UUUUUAUUUUCUACUUUGUUGCGGCUCUUUGAUGUUUUCUACGAAACACUUCCUUUAAGACUUAAAAAAGGGAACAUUUGGAAGCAUUAGUAUGGAAUUAUACAUUGAUCAUCGAUCGUUUAAAUAUCAAGUUGCUUGUGUCGACAGUUUUCGAUGGAUAUCAACUUUUUGGGGUUUACAGUCGUCAGUUAUAGAUGUCUCAACAUAUUCUGGCUUCGAUUUUAUUCAAGUUGUUAAACUGCUUCGGGAAGCAAGCGGUUGCUACAAUGUUGACACAGAGCAACACAACACGUCUGAGACACGUCCAGAAAUUCGGGUUUCUGGCCACCGAGCUCAGUUUUAACAGGAUCAAACCUUUUUAACGUAACGUUUUGAGGCGAGAACUGAAGAUUAUAAUUCCCUAUGAACGACACAUUAAAAUAAGUACGUUUAACUUUAAGUUUUAUUUCAUUAAGGGAAAAAAACAACGACUAGAUACGAUAAGCCUCACUUUCAAAACAUCUAAAAAUGAACAGGUUGUGCGGUGCCCUGUUACUACUAAUAAUUAUUCAAAUGAAACACCCCAGAAUCAUAUAUAUAUAUAUAUAUUGUCCUACACCAAAUUUUUUUUUAUUUGUGAAUAAGCAACUUUAGAUUGUCAAGUUAAAUACAAAACAAUGUGAAGGUAAAUGUGCGUGGCGCUCUCUUGACCCGUGAUGCCCCUGGAGGUGAGAUGGCCAUUUCCGAAAUGUCCUACUUUGCCGUGGAGGAUUUCCAGCUCACUCAUCCUGGGCAUGGUGGGCUCCUAUUCCUAUUUCUGGACCAAGUACAUGAACUGCUUGACAGUUCACAAUCAUGAGGUGCUGUUGAACCUGGUUGACCAGCGACCCUCGGACACGCCCCUCAUCACUCUGUCCAACCACCAGUCCUGUAUGGACGACCCGCACUUGUGGGGUGUCCUGAAGCUGAGACAGUUAUGGAAUUACCAAAGGAUGCGAUGGAUCCCGGCAGCUUCUGACAUCUGCUUCACCAAAGAGCUGCACUCAAGAUUCUUCAGCAGAGGGAAAUGUGUCCCAGUCUGCAGAGGCGACGGUGUUUAUCAGAAAGGCAUGGACUUUGUCUUGGAGAAAUUAAACAAAGGAGAGUGGGUUCACAUUUUCCCGGAAGGAAAAAUCAACAUGACUGGAGAGUUCAUCAGGUUGAAAUGGGGUGUGGGCCGGUUGAUAGCUGAGUGUUCACUGAAUCCAGUCAUCUUGCCAUUGUGGCAUGUGGGUUUAAAUGAUGUUCUGCCAAAUGUGACACCAUAUAUUCCACUGACUGGAAAGAGAAUCACUGUCCUGGUCGGAAAACCCUUCAGUGUAAGAGAACUUGUCGAAUGUCUCCGAGCCGAAAACAAGAGUCAGAUGGAAAUGAGAAAGGCCUUAACUGACUUCAUUCAGGUGGAGUUCCAGAACCUGAGGGCCCAAGCUGAAGCUCUACACGGGCAGAUACAGACCAAGUCCUGACCCUACUGUCCAUUCUGCCAAAGAAACAUUGAAACCCUGAAAUAUGUUUGACGCUGGACGCAACCCCGAGUGCAAGCGGGACACCCUCUUCUCCCUGUUUGUUUUUCAUCGACUGGAUGAAGAGCAUGAGAACAUUUUAUCAACGUUUUUCUGUUGCAAUGAUCAAUGAAGGUUUUGUACAUUUUGAUACAGAUCAGUUUGCUCUUGUUGAAGAAGUCCGAUGCUGCAGUAUACAGUAGCAGUUUAUUUGGAAUGCACAUGAAACCGACUGGUAAUUUAAGUCAUGUAGUUGUGUGUAUGUAUACAAUGAAUGACAAAUAAUGCGCCGUGUUGAGCUGCAUGGAUGUUGUGUGUCCUACCUCACAAUGGUUCGCACCACCAUAUGGAUAUGAUGUCAUGUAGAACCACUCAUUUUGACUCGCUGGUGAUAAAGGUUAACCCGGGUCAUGGAGACCUGUAACACGCAGAAAACACAAUUGAAAUAAGUCCAGCACUAUAUUUGAUCAGUUGAAAAUUCACUACUAAAGUAGAACAUAGCUCAUAGAUGUUUACUCUUUUAUUAUGCUCUUGUUCUAGGUUUUGGGGUUUUAUUCCCACCCCUGAAUGAUUCCGAAACAGAUUUGAGGGUGUGUGUGGUCACCUUGGUAACGUUGGCCUUGUCAUUCUCUCUCUCUGUUUUAAAUAAAUAAAUAAAUAUUGGACUUU